AGCUCUGUAUUACUAUAAGUGAAGAAACCACACAUUGCAUAUUCAGCGAAAAUGACUGCUUUCGAAGAGAUGGGUGUCAUGCCAGAAAUUGGCAAGGCUGUUGAAGAGAUGGAUUGGAGCUUGCCUACAGAUGUACAGAAUGAAGCAAUACCAAUGAUAUUAGGAGGAGGAGAUGUUUUGAUGGCAGCUGAAACCGGAAGUGGUAAAACUGGGGCAUUUUGUUUACCAAUAUUACAAAUAGUACAUGAAACUAUUAGAGAUCUACGAGAGGGAAAAGGUCUUCAGAAUCAAAGUAGUCGUCUUAAGGGAUCUGGCGGCUCAGCAAAGAGCCAAAAAUGGAAAAUGAAUUCAUAUGACAGAGGAAAUGCCAUGGCUAUAGAUCCAGAGGGUCUAUUAUGUCAGGCGAGAGAUGCAGCAGGUUGGCAUGGUACUAGAUCUAACAGGGCUGUUGUUGGUGGAGGUAAAUAUUAUUAUGAAGGAACUAUAACUGAUGAAGGAUUAUGUCGAUUAGGCUGGUCAACUGAUAAAGGAACUCUUGAUUUAGGAACGGAUAGAUUUGGUUAUGGUUUUGGUGGAACCGGAAAGAAAUCUUCUGCAAAACAAUUUGAUUCAUAUGGAGAACCAUUUGGAAUUAAUGACACAAUUGGUAAUUACUUAGAUAUGGAAAAAGGAGAAAUCAGAUGGUCUAAAAAUGGUGUAGAUCUAGGUAAAGCUUAUGAUAUACCUCGUCAGAUGUUGAAUGAAAAAUUCUUCGCAGCUGUAGUAUUAAAGAAUGCUGAGAUUCUCUUCAACUUUGGAGACAAGCCAUUUAAGUUUCCACCAAAGGGAGAAUUCAUUGGAUUAAGUCAAACACCAAAAGAGAAUUUUGUAGAAUCUACAAUAAUUGCAAAAGGUGCUGUAAGUGCUAAACCUGCUCCAAAUGCUCCUCAGGCGAUAAUUAUUGAGCCAUCAAGAGAAUUGGCUGAACAGACUUUCAAUCAACUACAGAAGUUUAAAAAGUAUGUCAACAAUCCUCAGGUGAAUGAAUUGCUGAUUAUAGGUGGAGAAAGUGCAAAAGAUCAAGUGAAUGCAUUAGAGAACGGGGUUGAUAUUGUUGUUGGAACACCAGGUAGAAUGGAAGAUCUGAUAUCAACUGGUAAAUUGGCUCUACAUCAGAUCAGAUUUUUUGUUUUAGAUGAAUGUGAUGGUUUAUUACAACAAGGCUAUGGUAAUCUUAUAACACGAUUACAUGACCAAAUACCUAAAGUUACCAGUGAUGGUAAACGUUUACAGAUGAUUGUCUGUUCAGCUACUCUUCAUUCUUUUGACGUUAAAAAAAUGGCGGUAUGUGGGAAGUGA